CGACCGUCCAUUUCAUAUACAAUCUCGAGAAAAUUUGAAAUGGUAGAUACAGAUAUACAGGAGUAAGACAUACAAUUUUGAUAGAAAGAGAGAGGGAGGGGGAGAGAGAACGAGAGAGAUUGCUAUUUGAAAAUGUCACAAAAUUAAACCCUAGUUUGAUUCAAUUCAGCUCAAACAAUUUCAGGGAAUCAUAAGCUUCAGCUCAUCUUUUUCACUUCUUUCAGAAUGAUGAGGGAUUACAAAUUGACGCGUCGAAACUCGGGGAAACAUCCAAAUGUAGAUGAUAUUGAAAACAUUCCUGUAAAUCACAAUAGAGUUGAAGAGCAAGAAGUGGGUAACAAGUCUUCUAAAGUCGAAAAAACACCUGUUAAACCCCCCAGGAGUAGAUAUUCGGAUGCUGGCACGCCGCUUAAGACUCCUGAGAAAAGGGGAGUUACUACAGGGAAUCGAUUUGGAUGGGCCCAAAAGAAUGAAUUGAGCUCAGCUACUAAUGAAACUGGAGUUGAUUCGAAUCAAUAUAGGAAUACUCCUAGGUCUACUAGAGCUGCUGUGAGAGGUAAUUCGAGUAAUUCUGAGAGUAAUUCAACACAAUGUACACCUACUAAGAGUGUGACAAAGCCUUCGAAUCAAGGUCUUUGUUUGACCGGGGGUCAGAGACCUCCUCCGGCCAAUGGAGGUGCUCGAAUGGCUAAUUUUGCAGCAUUGUCUAGAGGGAUACCCAGUUAUGGUAGUUCAACAACUUAUGUUAAUACUGUUGAGGUUCCACAUUUUGAAAUGAAGGAAGAUCCAUCAUUCUGGAUGGAUCACAAUGUUCAAGUCUUAAUUCGAGUUCGUCCUUUGAAUAACAUGGAGAAAAGUACUCAAGGUUAUAAUAGAUGUUUAAAGCAAGAGAGUUCACAAUGCAUUACCUGGAUUGGGCAUCCAGAAACAAGAUUUACAUUUGAUCAUGUAGCAUGUGAAAGUGUUGAGCAGGAAACACUCUUUAGAAUGGUUGGUUUGCCAAUGGUGGAAAAUUGCUUGUCUGGAUACAAUAGUUGUAUGUUUGCAUAUGGCCAGACUGGAAGUGGGAAGACAUACACAAUGCUGGGUGACAUAGAUGAGUUGGGGGUCAAGCCGAGUCCUCAUCGUGGAAUGACGCCACGAAUAUUUGAAUUCUUGUUUGCAAGAAUAAGAGCGGAGGAGGAAAGUCGUAGGGAUGAAAGGCUGGCGUACAGUUGCAAGUGUUCAUUUUUAGAAAUUUAUAAUGAACAAAUAACUGAUCUCCUUGAUCCUUCAUCCACGAAUUUACUACUUCGAGAGGAUACUAAGACAGGUGUAUAUGUUGAAAACCUCUCAGAAUUUGAAGUUGAGACUGUAGCUGAUAUUCUUAAGCUUCUCAGUCAGGGUUCUGCAAAUAGAAAAGUAGCUGCAACGAACAUGAAUAGAGAGAGCAGUCGGUCUCAUAGUGUAUUUACAUGUGUUAUUGAGAGUAGAUGGGAAAAGGAUUCUACGUCAAAUCUACGAUUUGCACGACUGAACCUUGUCGAUCUUGCAGGUUCAGAAAGACAGAAAAGUUCUGGUGCUGAGGGAGAACGCCUAAAGGAAGCUGCAAAUAUUAACAAAUCACUUUCUACACUGGGUCAUGUUAUUAUGGUUCUUGUGGAUGUGGCACAUGCUAAGACAAGGCAUGUACCUUAUAGAGAUUCAAGACUUACGUUUCUGCUUCAGGACUCCUUAGGUGGAAACUCCAAAACAAUGAUUAUUGCCAAUGUCAGCCCUUCUGUCUGCUCUGCUGCUGAGACUUUAAAUACCUUAAAAUUUGCACAACGGGCAAAGCUUAUACAAAACAAUGCGGUUGUAAAUGAAGAUUCUUCAGGAGAUGUUACUGCACUGCAAAACCAAAUACGAAUUUUAAAGGAGGAGCUUCUUGCUCUCAAACGUCAAAAUGUGUCCCGGUCUCUUUCAUUUGGUUCAACCAUUGUUGGAGAUGCAAGGCAAAAUAAUGGCAGUGCUGAGGGUAUGCAUAGUACUGAUGAUAUGCUUGGGUUGGAAUCUAAAAGCAGCUUGAGUAUUUCUUCUAAACAGUUCAAAUGCCUGGAAACUACACUUGCCGGUGCCUUGAGAAGAGAACAAAUGGCAGAGGGUACUAUAAAACAGCUUGAAGCUGAGAUUGAGCAGUUGAAUCGACUGGUUCGUCAAAGAGAGGAGGAUACCAGGUGCACAAAAAUGAUGCUAAAAUUUAGAGAAGAGAGAAUUCAGCGGAUGGAGAUCCUUAUUGGUGGUUUGAUGCCAACAGACACUUAUUUAGUAGAAGAAAACAAGGCACUAUCUGAAGAAAUACAGCAGCUUCAAGCUAAAUUAGAUAAAAAUCCAGAAGUAACUCGCUUCGCGCUGGAAAACAUUAGGCUCUUGGAACAACUGAGGAGAUAUCAAGAUUUUUAUGAGGAAGGGGAGAGAGAUAUGUUGCUGACGGAAGUUUCUGAAUCACGGGAUCAGCUGCUUCUAUUUCUUGAUGGGGACUUAAAGCAUCACAACUCUCCAAAUAAGAAUUCACCUUUAAAGGAAGCAGAGUGUAUCAGAGCAGAAAAUGAUUCUCUUCAUCUGGAGCUGAAGAAGACACUUCAUGAGUUAGAGGAGUGCAGGAGUAAGCUAAACUCUUGCUUAGAGAAUAAUGCAAAACUCAGCGGAGAGAUUGAUGAUCUACGAGGUUCACUAAACGACCUAAAAUCUGGAACACAUGACGAUAGCAGCAAUAUUGAAGUCUCAAAGGAGUCAAAUCUUGAACGUCCUUGGGUUGAAGAACAAGAAUCUGAGUCUGUUCAACAUAAGGAUGAGGAGAUGCAUGCAGCUUUGAUGAAGCAUGCACAAGAUGUCAUGGAUUUACAGCUGGAGUUGGAUAUUCUAAAAAUCAUUUUGAAAGAAGAGAGGUCAUCCUGUGUUGAACUGGAGCAGAAGGAACUUUGUUUGAUAAAGGAUCUUGAAACGGCAGAUAGAAAAGCUUCAUUGCUAACAAAACAAUAUGAAGAUGCCAAGGAAGAGCUUAGAGAAGCAAAAUCAGUAAUUGAUGCUCUGGAGAAUCAACAGCUUCUAUCAAUUAGUGAAAUGGAGGAUCUUCGGAACAGUAAUACGCACUGUAUGAAGCUUGUGCACAAACUGGAGCAUGAAAUCUCGAAUCUAAAACAGCAAGGCUUCCGUAAAGAGAUAAAAGAUGUGGCAUCUUUCAAACAUUCAAAAACUAAAGAUUCUCCACUACAGUUAAAGUUGAAAAAGAUGCAUGAUUCUCUUGAUAAUGCUAAGAGAUUAAAUAUGUGUUAUCAAAGUGAUCUUGCAUCACAUGCAUCUAAUGAAGAAGAGAUGGAUGAGGUCCGUAGGCAGGUUGAGGCCGAAACUGCUGAGGUGAUAGUAUGCUUGCAGGAAGAACUCGGCAAUCUUCAGGAGCAAUUCCUAAACAGUACCUCAAAAGAAGAAGAGGCUGAAGGGAAAUUGAUGCAUCUGCAUACGGAAUUAAAGAAAUUGGUGGAUGACAAUGAAGCAUUGUCCCAAAAUAACAAAAUUUUAUGUGAAAAGCUCGCAGAUAAAGAUAAACAAUUAGAAAAUUUAUCUGUAGAUUCUGAAAUAGUGAUAAGUGAAAUUGAAGCUGCUCUUGCUGGUGGCUGUGAGGCUCUCAAAGAUGCAUCUGAUCAGCUGGAUGGUAUCUCUGGUUCAAUACUCAAGAGAAAAACUUGGAUAUCUGAACAAGUAGGAAAGAUGACGAAGAGCAUCUCUGAAAAGGAGUUACUGAUUGAAGAACUAAAUUGCUGUUUGGAGGAUGCAAAUAAUAGAAAAAAUGACCUGGAGGUAAUGAUGAGGUCAUUAAGGGGAGCAGCUUUGGUCAUAACUGAAGAACACCAAAAGGAUUGUGCCGAAAAGGAGAAUCAGAUCAUAUUAUUGACAUCAGAAUUGUGUGAUAAGAGAUUGACCAUCGCAGAGCUAGAAAAGAAAAUUAAGUACGGGGAAGAGGAGCUCAGAAAAGCCUCAAAAUCUGCCACUGUUGCUUUUGUUAUUGUAAGCAGAUUGUCAGAGACAAACUCUAGGUACCUUCACACGCUUGAGAAUAAAAAUAUCCAGCUUACAGAAUCUGAUGGAAUUCAUAGGCAGAAAGAUGCUCUCCUCCUUAGUCAAGCUGUAAAAGUUGAUGAAGCAGAGAAACUGAUAAGCUCUCUCAGUGUGGAACUAAAAUCUGCAAAGGAUGAAUGUGGUAUACUAAGAGAGCAGCUAUAUGAGGAGAAGAAGCGUGUCACUGAUUUGGAACAAAAGCUUGAUGAGAUUGAAGGAAAUUAUAUUUUAGAAACAAGAGAAAACCUUGCUGAGCUAAAGCAUGGUAUAUCAGCACUUGAUUCAUGUUUGACCAUUGCGGAGGUUGCUAAUCCUGAGAAAGACAAUGAUGUUGCAGAUCCUGCAUUUUUUUUACCAUCUGAUAACAGAAGUGAAGAACGGACAGGUACUGGAGCAAACCUCAAAAAAUAUGCCGUACCAGUAACAGACACACCAGAGUGUCUUCCUGAAGUUGGCAAGAACUUGCAUAAAUACUCCAGUGAACAGAAACGUCUAGCGGGUGGAGCUAAUAGGGAAGCUACAGUUGUUCUUUUAAGAGAAGAAAUAGAAUCUGCUGUCAAAAGCUUAAAAAGGGCGCACCUUGAAAUUGCCAACUUACGCAAGGAGAACAAAGAGGCCCGCGAUUCCGAAGAAGGGACUCGACAAGUUAUGGAGGUUAUUAUAUUACAAGUACUUUCUUUACAAGAAAUUAUUUGUAACUUUGAAAAUCAAGCUGAUUCCAAAGUUAAUCGUUUGGAUCAUAAGCUACUUAAGAUGGAAUGUGCUAUAAAAGAUACUGUAACUUCAUGGUCCCGGAACAAUGAGUUAUUUGAGCAUGAAGUUAGCGAUUCAAAAAUACUGGCCAUCCAGAAAUCUGCAGAAGCCUCUUGUAUUCUUGCUAAAUUUGAAGAAGCUCAGCAAACCAUUUCAGAAGCAGAUUAUAUGCUCAAUGAACUAAUGUUGGCAAAUAAAAGCAAAAAGGUUGAAAUCAAAGAGUUAAGAAAAGAGAAAAAAAAUUUAACCAACGAAAGGGCUUGCUUGAUCAAUGAGGUUCAGAGGUUGGAAUCUAGUUACAGGAACCUCGAAAAGCAAGCUGAAUCUGAUAUUGUAUCAAUGACAGAACUUGUGCAGGAGCUGGAGGGUAUUGUCUUACAGGCCCAGGUCACAUGUAAAGAGAAUUUUGAGUCUAUAUCCUCAGAUUUUAUGUGCCUGAGAUCUCAAGUUUGUGACUCAACAAAGAUGGUGCAUUCGUGGAUUGAGAAUCUUUGGUCUGAAAUUAUAUUGAAGGACUGUGCCAUGUCUGUAUUACACCUGUGCCACAUGGGAAUACUGUUGGAAACAGUCACUGGACUGAAUGUAGAGAAUGGUCUCCUUCACCAUGGACUACAUGAAUCAAACACUCUUCUGUAUGAAAUGAGAGAGCACAACUAUAAAUCAAAGAGAGAUCUUCAAAAGUGCAGAAUCCUCGAGGGAAAAUUACUAGCUGAUAUCAAGAAUAAUUUUGACCGAAUCUCGAGAAAAGAAGAUGAGACUGGGCAGCUUAGCUUCAAAAUAGCCAGCUUUGAGGAGAAGAUAUUAGAUUUGCAGCAGCAAGAGGAGAUAAUGGUGGAGAGAUCAAAUAAUAUGGGAUCUGAACUUACUUUGCUGAUGAAGGAAUUGGACAAUAGUAAUCGAAAUGUUUUGACAACUCUUUUAGAUCAAGAAAAGUUGUUUAAGGAUGAAGUUAAUAGUUUAGAAAUUCAGGAGGAGCAGUUUUUUGUUGAUCUGUCAGCAAAAGACUUUCAUUCGCUUGUCUUAGCUUCAGAGCUCAAACAGCUGGCAUUCCAAAAAGCUAAACUGGAGGAUGAGCAAAUAUGUUAUUCUACUGGUAUUGACCGACUUAAGAAGGAUGUGGUGCUUCUGCUGCUAGAUAUGGAAUUAAAGGAAUUAAUAUUGUUUGACAAUGAAGUUGAGCUUACUCAUCUUGGGAGUGAACUCGAAUUGGUGAGAAUGGAGCAAAAUGGUAUGUUGUCAGAAAUCAGCCAAAAGGAGUUUGAGAUAUCUGAACUGAAAAAAGCAAAUGAUGCUUCUAAACAAGAAAUCAAGUUACUGAAGGAGGUUUCUUGUUCAUAUGAUAUACUGAAAAAUGAACUUGUAGAAGUGACUGCAGCAAAGAAGGAAUUGUCACUCCAGUUUCAAAUCCAAGUUGCUGAAGUUGAUGAUUUGAAGGAAGAGAUAAUUUCCUUAAACAAUGAAUGUAUAUCACAUGAGGAGAUCAACUAUGAAGCUCUCUGGAAGUUGAGCUCCAGAUUGGAGAAAUUUGUUAGUUCAAUGGACUCUGUACAUAUGAAGUGUAACAGAAUUUUUAAAGUACUCAAUGAACAAAGUUCUCUUUUAGAGAAAGAGUUUGUGGAAAUUCAGAAAUAUGCGGAAGGGGCAUCAGAGUUUCUAAAAGAUAUUGAUUCAGUGGAAAUUCUUUCUGAAGAGGUUAUCUCUAAAAAUAGCUACCUUCAAGCUGAGUUAAAUAGGAAAGAUAGUGUUCUGGAAGGAUUGCUUUUUGAUCUUAAAAUGUUACAAGAAUCUGCAUCUAGCAACAAAGACCAUAAAGACGAAUUUGAAAAUUUGCUGGCAUCUUAUGAGGAUCUGGAGGAUGAGCAUGAUGAAGCAGUUGAAAAAGUUCAGUUUCUUGAAACUCAGUUGCAGGAGAAGAUUGAUAUUAUCUCCACCCUUGAGAUGGAUGUAUCUAGAGCGCAUGAGAAUGUGGAUUCACUUUCAAGCGCCAAUCUUACACAGACAACAAGAAUUUCAAAUGCUUUACACGAGAAAGAGUUCAUUGAGAAGGAGUUGGUUCAGAAAUGCAAGGAUAAUCAAUAUUUAGAAUCAGAACUCCUUGAAAUGCGUACAGCUCUUGAACAAAUGAAUGAAUUUGCUGAAUCCUUGAAGAUGAAUCUGCAGUCAGUUGUUUGCGAGAGAGAUGCAAUGCAUGCAGAACUACUUACUUUGAAGGAGGAGUUUCAGAUGGCACAAAACCUUGCUGAUGAAAAUGGAGCAAUUGCAAUAGAAGCUCAACAGGUAGCUGAGACAAGAAAGAUCUAUCUUGAUGAAAAAGAGGAAGAAGUGAGGCUACUAGAAAGAUCUGUGGAAGAACUAGAACGUACGGUGAAUGUACUUGAAAGCAAGGUUGACAUCGUUAAGGGAGAGACAGAGCUUCAACGGAUGCAAAGAGAGGAUUUAGAAAUGGAACUUCAAUCUAUUAAACAAAAGUUGCAAUUGGUUGAAAGUGGAAAUGACGAGAUGAAGAGGGUCUUAGAUGACAAGGAAAAAAGGCUUCAGGAAUGCCUCCAGCGGAUGCAGAUUCUAGAGCGAGAGAUAGCUGCCAGAGAUACUGAGAUAAGCAAAUGCAAGAGUCAUAUCUCCGAGUUAAAUCUGCAUGCAGAAGCACAAGCUUGUGAGUACAAGCAAAAGUUUAAAGCACUAGAAGUCAUGGCUGAACAAGUUAAGUUGGAGGGAUCAUCAUCAACUAAUAGCAUUAGUUCAGCUCCUCAUAGCACAAACUCAUCAUCUAACAAACUGGAAAAAACUGGUUCAAGGCCAAGGGGUUCUGGUUCCCCUUUCAAAUGCAUCGGGUUGGGCUUCGUCCAGCAAAUGAAAUCGGAAAGGGAUGAUGACGAGCUUACUGCUGGGAGACUUCGUAUUGAAGAGCUGGAGGCCUUGGCAGCCAGUAGGCAGAAGGAGAUAUUCAUGUUGAACACUAGAUUAGCUACUGCAGAAAGUAUGACACAUGACGUAUUACGUGAUCUACUGGGACUCAAGUCGGACAUGACUGGUUAUGCGUCGUUACUGGAUGACCAGCAAGUUCAAAAAAUAACAGAGAAGGCUCAACUUCAUAAUACUGAGGUUCACAACAAGGAUGUGGAAGUUUGUAAUCUAAAGAAGCAGCUGACUGAGUUUGUUGUGGAGAGAAAAGGUUGGCUCGAGGAAAUAGACAGAAAACAGGCUGAGCUGGUUGCAGCACAAAUUACGUUGGAAGAACUCCGGCAGCAUGAUCGAGUGCUGACUACCAAAAAUGACAUGCUCAUGAUGGAGAAUGUUAAUCAGAAGAAGAAGGUCUUGGAACUUGAACUUGAAGUAAAGAAGCUGUCGGGCCAACAAAACAUCCAGCAGCGUAUUCAUCAUCAUGCUAAAAUCAAGGAAGAGAACAAUUUGCUGAAAGCUCAGAAUGAAGAGCUUAGCCUCAAGCUGAGGCGCAGUGAAGGCAUCCUUUCACGUGUCAAGGAAGAACUUGCCCGCUACCGUGCAGCCAAUGGUAAAAACCCAUGUAUCCAUAUCGAAGAAGAGCAGCGUCUUAAUAAUAAGUUGAAGGAAGUUGAAGAGGAAAGAUUGCAACUAGCACAAAAGCUCUUAGGUCUGUGUACCAGUAUUUUAAAGGCUGCUGGAAUAACAAAACCAGCAUCUGACAUUAGUCUUCCUGCUGCGGAAGAAGCAUUGGAUCAGCUCACGGAUCGUUCGAGUAUACUAACCAAAGAAUUGGAAGAACUAAAGCUCAAGAGUAGAAUAACUAACGAAAGGAAUCGAUUGUCAGAGCUGAUGCCACAUCUACAACGCUCACCACCUUCGAGAUCAGAAGGGAGUCGACAAAGUACUCCGAAAAUAACAUCUCAAAGUCCAUUUCUUACUUCUUUAGAUAGAUGAGACCUGUAAAGGGAGCAUUAGGCUCCACAGAAGUUAGUUUUUCGCUAGCAAUUCAGUAUUUUUUGGUCACAAGAUAAACUAGCAAUUCAGUUAUCUGAAGACUUGACAAGAUGAAUGUUACUAAUUCAUUGUAAAAAGUUGAUAAUUUUUGUACGUUAUAGAUGAUAUGUAUAACUGUAAAUAGCAUAUAUAUGAAGCAAAAUUUCAGUC